UCUGCUUCUGCCCACGAGUUUUCCCCAAAACCUGGGAAAUCCGCCCACCGCCCUAUCCUUCUUUUCGCUCCAUCCCCGGUCCACAUACUGUUUUGCUGCUCGAUGUUUUUCCCAGCCAACACGUCCGCAACCCACCGAAGAUUGGCGUUCGACCAACUACGAUAAGAGAGCUGUCUGGUGCGCAGCAGGAGCUGGAGCAGGGCGCCCGCGUGGAUCGUAGCAGAACCCACCCAGCAGCAGCAGCCAGCCAGCCAAGCAUUUGUGGGAGUGUUGAGUGCAGUCACUCGCUACAUACCCGUGGCGGAUUUUUUUUUUUCUACCACACCAACCUUGAUUUGAUUGACGCGGUCACAAAUUAAACCAGCUGAUACAGCGACGACCGCCAACCUCGUCGCAAGUUUCCAAUUUCACCUACAACCCCCGAACUGAAUAGCACCACUUGUCCUCGGUUUUCUUGCGACCCCGAGAAUAGCUGUGGAUAUUCCGCGACGCGGUGAAGCCCGAGUCACUUUGCUAGUCGUUGCCGCACUGUACCGUAUCAUUGCACACCACUCACGCAUCAAUCUCGUCUUCACUAGCGCUCCGACUUGCAGCACUUUUCUACCUGUUAACUACAUACAUACGUCGAAACUCAUUCAACAACUUGUCGACCGCCUCCCAACCACGCCACAUUUCACCUGGCCAAUUUUUGCUUUUUACUUUUUUGAAAAUUCCGGUUGCUUGACACAAACGCGCACCACCUCCCGUACGCAACUUUUUCGCGACUUGCCAACGCGAUUCAUCGCUUGCAUCCAACAGAACACACAUUGGCCUCACGACAAUCAUUCUUCCUGCGAUCACCAAAAAUAAACUGCGCAGACACGGUCUGCUGCACUUUUCACGAUGAAUAACAUGGGGAAUAUGAACGCCAUGGGAGGCAUCGGUGGCCCCGGCGUUCCCCCUGGACCUCAGCAACCACCACAGCAAGGCUCCGACAAUCGCCAUGCCGUAUACCUUAACACAUAUAUCUAUGAUUAUCUGUUGCGCAAUGAAAUGUACGAUGCCGCAAGGGGCGUAUUGAAAAGUGGUCAACCCAUCAAUGUUGAACAAGAUCGCGAGAACGGGCUAGGCGGCGACUCUAUGGAUACCGACUCCAAAGACGAUGUCAAUAGCAAGAAGCCUGAAGAUCUACCUGCGCCUAUACUUGGUUCCGCGACGCCCGACAUCAGCUUCUUGUACGAGUGGUUUUCUAUGUUCUGGGACCUGCUAAACGCCUCUAAAGGCAAAUACGCACCAGCCCAGGUCAGCCAAUACAUCACACAUACACAGAAUCAUACACGGAUGAGACAGCAGACUCAACAAGAAAUGCUGCGGGGCAUGCGACCUGACAUGGCUGCUGCUCAGCAGCAGCAAUUUCUAAUGAUGAACAGGCCAAAUGGAAACAUGAACAUGAUGAACAAGAAUCAGAGCUUACAUCGUGGUGCCAUCGCCAAUACCCAGAACCAAAUGCAGAUGCUCGCUCAACAAAAGCAGGGUCAGAUGCAACGCGACCCUUCGGACAUGGACGGCAACCGCCAACGACCCGGCUCCCCUACUUCGGCUGACAAUGCUCCGUCACCCUCAAAGCGGGCGCGCAUCGACGGUCCUGGAUUCAACCCAGGACAACCGGGAAUGAUGCCCAAUGGUCGUCCUGGCGCACCAGGAAUGCCCAACCAACAGACGCAGCAGCUCCUCCUCGCCAACGGCGGUGACCCCGGGACUGUGAGCCCUGACCGAUUACAGGCUAUCGCGAAUGCAUCCCCCGCAAUGCAUGCUAAAUCUAUUCAGACGUAUGCGCAGAACCUCCAGCAGCACCACGGCAACCAAAUGCCCAACAAGCCCAUGCCUGGCCCCAACGCACCCCAGGGUCAAGGCUCGCCGAUGGUUGCCUCUGGCCCCGAUGGCACGCAGCUCAAUGCAUUCUACAAUGCUCAAGAACCAAUGGGUGCAGCACCCAACGGCGGAAUGCGUCCCGGUGUGCCAGCCACUCAGAACGGAAGCAACCAUGCUCUUCAAGACUAUCAGAUGCAGCUCAUGUUGCUAGAGCAACAGAACAAGAAGCGACUCAUGAUGGCCCGGCAAGAACAAGAUGGAAUUCAAGGCCAAGGUAUGGCUCGACCCGAUGGUCCCGGAGGUCCCGGUCCUGCCGGUGGCCCUGGCGGUCCUACAGGCGCACCGAACGGACCCCAAUUCCAAGGAGCUUCUCCUCAGGGCGCGAGACCCGGUGCAUCUCCGAAUCCGAGCGAGCAAAUGAAGCGUGCCGCUGGACAGAUGAACAAUGGAAGCAUGGGAUCACCUCUUCCGGAAGGAGCUCAAAACCGCGAGUCCCCGAACAACCCGAUGAACUUCAUGGGUACGAAUAUGGAUCCCAACGGCGCACCGCACUUCUUCAAGGGUAUUAACAACGGCAUGGAUGCAAACAUGGCAGCUGCGCAGAUGAAUGGUGGCAUGAACCGGCCUCCUAGCUCGCACCCGGGCCAGCCGCCGUUCAACCAGAUGAAUCCUCAGCAGCAAGCGAUGAUGCGUCAACAGCAGAUGCAGCAGCAGCAGCAGCAGCAACAACAGCAGCAGGGUGGUCCCAAUGGUCAGCCGAUGCCGCAAUGGCAAGGUGGACCGAACGGUCAGAUGCCCGGCGGCCCUCAGGGCGGCCCUCAACAGGGACCUGUCCACGGAACACCCCAGCAAAGGGCUAUGCCCCCGCCCUCGGCACCAACGGCUGCAGCAAACAGCAACGCGAACCAGAGAAACACCACAGCAUCCCCGCAAGUUUCCAACGCCGCGCCGCCUACGCCAUCGCAGGCUAACAAGGCCGCCCCCAAGAAGAAGGAUACUAAAGCUAAAGACAAGCGGGCCGCCACGCAGAAGAAGUCCAACGCAAACCUGAAUGCCGCCGCGGGUGCUACACCUGCGGCCGAUGGAGGAAACGACGGCGAGGCUCCUACUCCGGCAACUCCCAUGACGCCGAUGGCCGCCUCACAGCAAAACUUUAACAAGCCUGGUCCUACCGCCGGGGGGGCUCCACCGCAGCAGAUGCCCAAUGGUCAACCUCCUGCUGCUGCCCCUGCAGCGGCACCAGUUGCUCCUCAGCAGCACAAUGACCCCAACCAGGGCUUCAACAUGGAGGGGGGCGGAAUGACCUUUGACUUGGACUUUGCCAACCCAUUGGCCUCAGGCGACGUACUUAACGAUUUCGACUUCGACUCUUUCCUGCACGAUAACGUGGAAGACAACGGAUUCGGCUUCGACGGCCCCGGCCUCAACUUCGAGGGCACCAACGAAAUUGGCGCCGACUAGAAAACCCCAGUUUGUUCUACAUGUGGUUUGUAGAGCGAAUGGGGCUGUAUAUCAGAGCACAUUCGACCAGUCAUCCCAAAUCUCAUCAUACCCUUUUUAUUACUCUAGUAGUCUCAUCAGCUUGUUAGCUACUCAUGGUGUUGCGCUGUCAUUGAUAUCCGGCGUUUCACUGGGUUCGUCUUUCUGGAUUUUGUAUUCUUGUUCCUUUUAUCUAUUCUUGUUUCUUGCAUGACUUCUUUCCUGGCCGUCUUUUCCGUCUACAUCAUCUGCACGGAUUUCGUAUCGUUGGUACGGUACUCUGGAUCAUUGCGACUAUUUGCGAGAGGCCCAUUGCACUUAUUUUGAGGGGAAAAAAUCAAGUCGGGGGAAAGGAAGGGGAGGUUUAGUUACCGGUGUCUCGGUCACUUGUUGGAAAGGGUCUGAACUUAAAUGAUCAGACCCAACAUACACAAAACACUCCUGCACACAUAAAAACAUCUCUGGGCGAUUGUGACUUGGCUUACUUUACUACUUAUUAUCACUCGAGAUAUGUAGGGAAGAUCUCACUGUCCUCUAUUUUUUUUUUCUUUUUUCGUUUUUUUUUUUCUGGCUGGUCUUCCUUUGUUUAUAUUACGAUCCUGGUCAACGUCGCCGAAAUAAUUCCAAUCAUUGUUCAACCUGUUUGUGUUUGCGUCUUGCUUGGUUGCCUUUGAAGAUGUGUCAUUUCUGUCAGCAUGCUUUUGUUGGUCUCUAGAAAUACGCAGGCGGGUUCGCAUUGCUCUUUUGAACAAAAAAGCACUUGCUACUUGGGUUGUUUGCAUUUGAACGAGGGCAAGACAAAAAUAUGUUUUUGAAAGAGUACUGGUUCCCGUCAUAUCACUGGUCCUGCAGCGCAGGAAACUUUUGACCAGCAAAGCAAGCAAGUAAAAGGACAAUCUCG